AUGUCUGGCAGGCUAGAUCAAUCUCUCGACUCCAUUAUUGAUAGCCAGAAGAAGGCGAAGCGCGAAGUUCGCCGCCGCAAGGCUUCAAAGUCCACUGGCCCAACUGCUCCGGUCGGUGGUGUCAAAAAGGCGACGAAACCGGCAAAGUCUGCCAUCAAGCCAUCUGCCGGCGCUGCAUCUCAAUCCCGCCCUAGUAAGAUCGUUGUCAGUGGAUUGCCAUUCGACGUCAACGAAGCCCAGAUCAAGGAAUACUUCGGCAAGUCCGUAGGCAACGUCAAAAAGGUCUCCUUGCAGUACAAUCAGAAUGGUCAGAGCCGUGGCAUUGCCGACAUCAUCUUUUCGAGGCCCGACUCUGCCGCCAAAGCGGCCAAAGACCUCAACGGAAUGCUGGUGGACAAGCGACCAAUGAAGGCAAGCACGGCCAUUGAAGUUGUGAUGGACGCUAGCAGUGUUCCGGAGCCGGCUCGUGCCAAGUCACUCGCGGAACGUGUAGCCGCCAACCCCAAAGCUCAACCGAAGUCCGCCACAGCAACAAAAGUGACCGGAAAGGACGGCGUCAAGGGCAGAUCGGCUGGCAAACCCGGGAAGCCCAAGCGCGGACGCAACCCUCGAGCCAAACCCAAGACUGCUGAAGAACUCGACGCCGAGAUGACCGACUACUGGGGCGGCAACAACCCCUCGGCAGUGGGCACGACUACCGAACCUGCGGCCACUAACGGUACUGCUCCCGCAGCCAAUGCCGGCGAUGACAUGGGCAUGGAAGAGAUUUCAGUGAGCGACAUCGAUUUAAUCUGCUGA